AUGACUACUACUAGCAUUCCAGAUAAUCGAGAAACUAUAAUUGAUGUUGAUAAUAAAGAAACUAAGGCUGAAGAUAAUAGAGAAGCCAAGAAUAAUGAAAAAACUGUGGUCGAAAAUAAUAUAGAAGUUAAUAAUGAUGACGAUGAUACAGAAACUAAUAGUGAUGAUAAAACAGAAACUAAUAGUGAUGAUAAAACAGAAACUAAUAGUGAUGAUAAAACAAAAGUUAAUAAUGAUUAUGAUAUAGAAGCUAUAAUUAAAAAAUGCAACGACAACAAUUUACCAAAAUUUAAAAUUUUUCGCAUAUGUGCAUACGUGUUGGCUGUCCUUUGCUAUGUCUCAUACUCGAUUUAUUUAAUAAUCCAACUUGCAACAGAAUACCCAAUGGUUAUUACAAAAUACGAUUAUAUAAAUAACAUUGAUGUUCCAAACAUAGAGAUUUGUUCUUCAGCUUUCUUUGAAAUAUUACGCUGUGAUAUCAAAUUUAAUAAUGAAAACGAGAUCCAAAAUGGAUGCCAAAAAUACAUUUCUGGCCCUAACAUCACUGAGGGCGGUGGUGAUCGGAAACGUUGUUAUACCUUUAAAGCCAACAAAGACAUACAGUAUAUACUUGGAAAUCCCAAUGGUUUGAAAAAGUUGAAAUUUUAUUACAAGAUCGAUAAUGCAACGGAUGCUGUGAGAGAAAAUAUUGGUGUACCUUUAAUUAAUAUAAGGAUUUUUUCACCUGACUUACUGGAUGUCAGUGAAAUGGAUAAAGCUGUUCGAUCAAGACUUGAACUUGACUGGAACUUUAUGCCUGGAAUAAUAGGACACGUUUCAUUGAUCAAGUUCAAGACAAGUAUAUAUAAAAGCAUACCACCUCGGGAUGUUUCUGCCAUCAUUGGACUUGGGCCCAACUAUGCAAUUACUCGGAGAUAUGAUUGCAUAGUCAAUUAUUUUCCCAUUGACCAGAAUCCAGCGCCUAUGCCAGAUGGAACCAAUGGUUAUUUUUCAGUUGCUGCUGGGGAUUUUGUACAAGAAGAAAUUUCUGAAAAGCGCACAACCACUAUUCUAAGUACCAUUGCAUCAGCUGGUGGUGCCUUUGGUGUCAUUGGCGCCAUUCUUGUGUGUUUAUUUGGAUCCAGAAUUUUGGAUCCAUGGGGUAUUGCAAGAAAAAUUGCAGUGAAUCCAUGGUAUUGGGUAGAUAAUUUGGUAGAUUUUGGAUAUAAAAUGAUAGGAAAACAACCAGAAGGUAGUACGGACAUUUUAAAUGAUGAACAGUUAAAAGCUGCAAUUCCAAAAAAAUUCUUGGAUACUUCAUUUCUUUCAAAUUCUUGA